AUGCAUUUUGAGCAACAUACCAAACGUAAUGCUGAGGGCCGAUACAUCGUGGCAUUCCCCUUUAACGGUAAGCAAACGCAGCUUGGAGAAUCGAAGGUAAGGGGGCAACGGCGACUGGAAUCAUUGGAAAGGAAGCUGCAACGUGAUACGGCACUAAAAAAGGAGUAUCACACGGUCAUGAAGGAGUAUCUCGACCUUGGACACAUGGUCAAAAUCCCAAAGGAUCAAGAGGAACCCAGCGGAUACUAUUUACCUCAUCAUGGAGUGACAAAGAUCACAAGCGAAACAACGAAGCUCCGAGUAGUAUUCGACGGUUCCGCGGAAACGAGCACUGUGAUAUCAUUGAACGAUUCUCUCUACACAGGACCGAAACUGCAAGAGGACUUGCUGUACAUUCUGCUGCGGUUCCGUAUUCAUCAAUACGUAAUCACCAGCGACAUCGAGAAGAUGUACAGGCAAUUUCUCGUCCGCAAGGAAGACCGAAAAUACCAACGCAUUCUUUGGCGCGACGAUGCAGGUCAAAUUCAAACGUACGAAUUGCAAACGGUCACGUUUGGACUCUCUGCCGCACCGUAUUUGGCAAUUCGCUGCCUCAACCAGCUAGAGCAGGAUGAAGGUCAUCGCUUCCCUCACGCUGUUAAGGUAUUACUUCGGGACUUCUAUGUAGACGAUGCAUUAACUGGAGCCUCAACCAUCGAGGAAGCGUUAACGUUACGCAGAGAUUUAACACAGUUGUUAAAUAUAGCGGGGCUGAACAUGCGGCAAUGGGCAGCCAACGAUAAGGCAUUACUCCAAGGAUUGCCAGAGCAAUCUAUUAACAAAAGGCUCCAUCUCGGGGAAUCGUCGACGUUGAAGACAUUCGGAAUCGUUUGGAACUCUUCUGCCGACACCAUCUCGUACGAGGUUAAUGCGUUGCCCGCCUCCUCGCGGGUUACCAAGCGAUUCAUUACUUCGAAGAUCGCCAAGAUUUAUGACCCACUAGGGCUCCCUGGGCCGGUCAUCAUCGUGGCGAAGAUGCUCUCGCAAAAGAUCUGGACCAUCAAGAUCGAUCGGGAUGAAUCGUUGCCCAUGGACAUCCAUACCGAGUGGAGCCAAUAUUAUAAACAACUUCCGUUGCUUAACAACAUCAUCUUUCAAAGGAAAACUGUCAUCAGGUUACCGGCGAGAAUUGAAAUGCAUGGCUUCUGUGAUGCGAGCGAAAGAGCCUACGGAGCUUGUCUUUAUAUCCGCACGAUCGACGAGUGCGGUCGUAUACAGGUACAGCUUCUCGCAGCAAAAUCGAAGGUGGCACCAUUAAAAACGCAGUCGAUACCAAGACUGGAGUUGUGUGGGGCCCUGCUCUUGACUUCGCUAAUAGCUACAGCGAAGACAGCAUGGAACAUCCCAACUCAUCGUACCAUCCUCUGGACGGAUUCCACAAUAGUGCUGCACUGGCUGCAAGUCUCUCCACACACACUCAAAACAUUCGUCGCCAACAGGGUGUCUGAGAUACAAUCAAGAACCGACAUUGAAGAUUGGCGACAUGUCCUGACGUCAGACAACCCUGAAGAUCUGAUCUCGCGUGGUCAACAUCCGGUGGAAUUUCUUCAGCCUUCCCUCUGGCAAUAUGGACCAACAUGGCUGAGCAAGGAAGAAGCUCUAUGGCCAAAGAAACAAUUAUCGUUCUGUCACGACAUUCCAGAACAAAGGACUGCGAAUUGUCUGGUUGCAUCCAUAUUGGAUUUCAGCAUCCUGGAAAACUAUUCCUCGUGGGAAAGAAUGCAAUGA